AUGCUCAUUGGUCUCCGACAGAGAGUGCUUAUCGUUUGUGGACUUUUCUUGAGUUUUGUUCUCCUACUGUUCAUUAUCUACUGCAACUUUCCCGAAUUGGAGGAGGAACAUCGAGAGCUGUUCAAAUAUCCAAGAAGUCUGGAAGAUGCUAAGGGUUUGGGACGUGUUCUGUUGCACUACAAGGAGCAACACAUGUUCACAGUUCUCUUUGGAGUGGUUGUUGUUUACAUAAUGUUGCAGUCCUUUGCUGUACCAGUAUGUUUUUGCUCUGCUACCGGAGCAUCAGUAUGCUACCUCUUAUCAUAUAUGUUAGGCCGUGAUCUUGUCACCGCUUAUUUCCCUGAACGAAUAAAGCAGUGGCAAGGCACAUUUCUUGGCGUGGCACCUCCUAGCUUCUUAUACAUCCAAGCCGGUUCCACUUUGGAACAGAUGGUGCAUACUAAUCUGCGAACACUUCGUAUUAAUGGAAGACGCGGAAUAGUGAACCUUGCAAACGGCAAUCGCAAUCUGAGAGUCCGCAAAGGACUUCUGGAUAGACCACUGGUUCUGAGUAUCCGUGCUGAACGGCAGUUUAUUGGGGCCUUCGCUGGAAUCGCUCGUCACCUCUUGAAACUUCGUUAUUUUGUUGCUACAGGUGUGAUUGGGGGCAGCGUCGCGGCUAGAAAUUGGUACGAGGAAUGGAAAUCGAUGCUUCCUGAUUUCUCCUUACCAGAAUGGAGCAAAGUUGAUACAAAUUCGUUAUGGCAAGAAUUAUCUGAGCAGCUGUCCCACAUAAGAGAAGGGUUUGGAAGUGCGGAUGCGGACACUAAGGUCGCUACUUGGAUUGAUCGUUUCCAAAAGUUCCGCAAAGACAGAAUUGCCGAGUCGUCUUCCGAGCACGAUCGCAAUUCAGGUGAUGCUGCUGAGAAUGCGAAAGCUGCAACACUUCUUUCCUUUAUGGCUGCUUUUGGCGUAAAGAAAGAUGAGAAAGAGGCCUCUGAAGAAAAUGCGGAAGAGCGUAUCCAGAAACUCCAAGAAGAGAUGCUCAAAACACAGAGCCAAUAUCAAAGGGAACUAGAGCGAUUGGAGAAGGAAAACAAGGUGCUGAAGCAACGCCUGUUGUUAUCCGACCAAGGCGCUGUCAGGCGGCUAAGAAGACUGAAGCGAUCGCUCAUUGAUAUGUACUCCGAGGUGCUGGACCUUCUUAGUGAGUAUGACUCGUCGUAUAAUACAGUCGAUAACUUACCUAGAGUGGUUGUCGUUGGAGAUCAAAGUGCAGGCAAGACAUCCGUUCUUGAAAUGGUAGCUCAAGCGCGUAUUUUCCCACGUGGAUCAGGAGAGAUGAUGACACGAGCUCCAGUCAAGGUAACUUUGUCAGAAGGUCCCUACCACGUUGCCCAAUUCAAGGACUCCACCCGUGAAUUCGAUCUCUCUAAAGAAGAAGAAUUAAGACAGUUGAGAUCUGAAAUUGAAGUAAGGAUGAGGAAUUCUGUCAAAGAUGGACAUAGUGUAUCCAAUGAUGUAAUAUCGCUAACAGUAAAAGGACCAAACUUGGCGCGCAUGGUUCUGGUCGAUCUUCCUGGUGUCAUUUCUACCGUUACGGCGGAUAUGGCGAGGGAAACGAAGGAUGACAUCAUUAAAAUGAGUCGAACUCAUAUGGAGAAUCCUAAUGCGAUCAUUCUGUGCAUCCAGGAUGGAUCUGUAGACGCAGAACGUAGCAACGUCACUGAUCUGGUUAGUAGUAUUGAUCCAACCGGAAGGAGAACCAUCCUUGUUCUAACAAAGGUGGACAUGGCGGAGAAGAAUUUGACAAACCCCGAUAGAAUCAAGAAAAUUUUGGAAGGAAAAUUAUUUCCAAUGAAAGCUCUUGGUUACUUUGGUGUUGUGACUGGUCGUGGAAACAGUGCAGACUCGAUAGAGGAAAUUCGUAGAUAUGAAGAGGACUUCUUUUCAAAUAGUCAACUUCUAAAAGAUGGUGUCCUUAAACCCUCGCAAAUGACUACGAGAAAUAUGUCUCUCGCUGUAUCUGACUGUUUUUGGAGAAUGGUCCGCGAUUCUAUAGAGAGUCAAGCGGAUGCAUUUAGAGCAACAAGAUUCAAUCUUGAAACGGAAUGGAAAAAUACUUUCCCUCGGAUACGACAGCUCGACAGAGACGAACUUUUUGACAAAGCUCGAGGCGAGAUCCUUGAUGAAAUCGUGAAUCUUUCACUUGUUACUGCAGAGGAAUGGGAGAAACUUCUAGAAAAGAAGCUUUGGGAGACCGUCUCUAGUCAUGUUUUUGAUCAAAUUCUUAUGCCAGCAUGGGUAGUUGAUAAUGCAGGAUCAUUCAAUACUUUAGUGGAUAUUCGUUUAAAACAUUGGGCCGAUAAAGAACUCCCUCAGAGAAGUGUCAAUUCGGGUUGGGAGACAUUGCGAGAGGUAUUCUCGCGCCAAGUCAAUCGCGACUCGUCUAGCCAUAGUGAUCAUGAUACUAUUUUCGAUCCUCUGAAGGAAGCUGUUAUACAGGAGGCGAUGAGUAGCCACCAAUGGGAUUCGAAAGCUUUGGAUUAUUUGCGUGUUAUCCAGUUAAAUGCCAUGGACGACCGUGCUGUUCCAGAUCGGAAGUCUUGGGAUUCUGCUUGUCAAUUUAUGGGGAAAACUGCUUCUAACAGACUUGCUCUGGUUAAUCAACAGCUGAAUGAUGCGCGAGGACCUGGAUGGGUUUCACGAUGGGUUUUUUGGCAGACACCUUCUGCAGAAAAUCACUUUGCUAGUGCGGUCCAGGAUGAGCUUGCAUCGAUGCUUACCAACGAACCGGAGCACAAACAAGCUUUAACGGAUGAAGAUAUAUUAGUGGUUCGGCGGAAUCUCGAAACGAAAGGAGUGAUAGAAGUCCCUUCUGAAACAAUUAGGCGUCAAUGGAACUUGAUGUAUAAAAAACACUUCUUAGAGAAAACGAUACAGAGUAGUCGUGAUUGCCCAGCACUAUACCAACAUUACCGUCAAGGGUUCAAUGAAGGUGAUGUUGACUGUCAAACUGUGGUUUUCUUCUACAGGAUACAAAGGAUGUUGAAAUUGACGUGCAACGCUCUGAGGCAGCAAAUUACGAAUACGGAGCAGCGCAGAUUAGAAAAGGAAGUCAAGGAUGUAUUGGACGACUGGUCUCAGGAAACUGAAAAAAAGCAGAAGUAUUUAACUGGUAGAAGAGUUGAUCUUGCGGAGGAACUCAAACAAGUGCGGCGGAUACAGGAGAAGUUGGAAGAAUUCAUGGUUCAACUUCAACGUGAAAAGUAA